CUACCACUGGCUUGGUUCUGACUGGGGAGGAGCUCACAGCCUGCAAUAAAAACGGGCUGAUUACAUCGAAGGGAAAACAGAUUUCUAGGUGUUAGUCUGUCUGGGAACAUCUUUGAAUGUUCUAGUGUGGUUUACAAUACAACUGUUCUUUAGCUCCUGGAGUAAACAUAUCUUACGCGAUACAUUGUUGAUAGAUAUUUUCCAAAAUGACUUGGUCUAUAAGCAGUUGUUUCAUCACUCUGGUCGUUUUGUUCCUUUGGCGGAUCGAAGACGUUGCAGAAGCUUGCAGAUGCGCUCCUGUCCAUCUUCAACAGGCUUUUUGCAGCGCAGACGUCGUGAUCAGGGCAAAGGUGGUUGGAGUGAAAGCUGUGUCUGGUAACACCAACUAUGAUGUCCAACAGAUCAAGAUGUUCAAAGGUCCUGACCGGGUUAUCCACACCAUCUUCACUUCAUCCUCUUCAGCCUCGUGCGGCGUGACUCUGGAACUCACCAAGGAGUAUCUCUUCACAGGCAGGAUGAAUACUGAUGGCAGGAUGCGCAUAGUCAUGUGUGACUUUAUUCAGUACUGGGAGGACUUGAAUCACACACAAAGGAAGAGCUUGACUCAACGCUACCAAAGCGGCUGCGAUUGCACGAUCAUCCGCUGCUCUUCCCUCCCGUGUCCCGUCAGCGCCCCAGAUGAGUGUCUUUGGACGGACUGGUUGUUGGCCGAUGGCCAAAGCGGACCCCAGGCCAAGUACUCUGCCUGUCUCAAGAGGAGUGACGGGUCCUGUGCGUGGUACAGGGAGAUGGCUCCAUCCAGGAAGUAGUUCCUGGAUAUUGAAGACUCCUAAACUCUAUAGGCCUUCCUCUCACUGCUCCCUGACUAAAGAUGCCUGCAAUUUAAAAGCUGGUCACUUCUUGUGCAAUAAAAUUAUAGUGCUCCAAGUGUUAA